AACACAGGCGAUUUCACGAAUCAUCUUGUCUUUCUGGCUGAAGCGUUUUGUCAAUUAGAAUCUGCUAGUUUAAUGCUUGGAACAAAUAUGUGGUAAGACCGUUACUUUCUGACACUGUUGUUAUCCACCUCUGUCCAUAUGAGCGAGCAGAAACAGCACAUUUAAGAAACUUAGAAAAAGGGGUUAAAAUUGAAAAACAACCAUGUGGUUGCAUCACUUGUUUACUCGCCCCUAUGAUCAUGAGGUGGACGGUCACCUUUUGGCCAGACCCCAGGCUGUUAUCUUGUAGCCCAUUCUGAAACAUGGACAUAAGCAGUGCAAAUUCUCUAUCUUAUGAAGAUUUUGUGGAUAUAUUUGGAAACGUUGUUGAAAAAAAUCCUCUGAUAGCGGCCGCGAUAUGGUCACACCGUCCAUUUGCCAACUUGUCAGAAUUAGAGGCCCGUAUUGUUGAGUUCAUCGACAAGCUACCGGAAUCAGGUAAAGAGGGCAUUCUCAGGUGUCAUCCCGACCUGGCGGGCAGGGAUCUGCAGAGAGGGACGUUAACCCGAGACUCGCAAGAUGAGCAGAGUCAAGCCGGCAUGGCCUCACUGACUCCCGAGGAGACCGCGCGGAUGUACAGGCUCAAUACCGAAUAUAAGCGGCGUUUUGGCUUCCCAUUCAUCAUAUGUGCCAAAAUGAACAACAAAGCAGCUAUUCUGCGCAAGCUGUCCGAGCGUUCUGGGAACGACCUCGCCAAGGAGAGGGAGUGCGCUAUUGACGAAGUUAAAAAGAUCUCUAGCCUCCGGCUCCGCAACCUUGUGCUGCCUGACACUCAACACAAGUUAUAACUCUCCGUUACUUUAAGCCUAAACAGGCCUUCUCACAAAGACUCAUAUAAUCCUGUUGUUGCCGUUAUAACAGGUCACGCAAUGGUCAGACGUAGGUUGAUGAAUGUUAUACAAAGUUAUGGGAGACCUCUUCAAGUAGUUUAGGCAUAUAGGCUAUGUCUCUGUCAGCAAUAAAGUAUUGAAGAUGGA